ACACAAAUUGGUUAAUAUCAAAGAGCAUGUCAAAGUACCAGCUUUAACUUUUGACAACACGCCAAGUACUUUUUGGAUGGAGAGUUUGAUGACUCUGCAGUUAUUUAUUAUCACAGUGCACCUGGUUUAAAAGAUCUUUGUCUGCUCACACUAAGGCAGUUUUAGUACACAGAAUGUUGAUUGGUUUCAUGAUUAAAUAAUUUUAAUAGUUGCAAGCGUCUGGUAACGAGUUGCUGUCAUGUUCAUGUGCAAUUGGGAGAAAGCAAUCGGGGGUUUAUUUGGAUUUUUUGGGGUGUGAUCAAUUGAAGUAUUGAUUAAGAUCUGUGUAUCAGGCACGGCGGUACUGUGGAAAUAUGACCUGAGGAGGUGGGGUUGUUGUCCUUAUGUUACCUGAGAUUAUUUAGAGUUACGGAGGGCACUAGGUACGGAGGAUAAACCUACCUGGAUGAGGUCUGCAGGAGAGAGGGAUGAUGUUAGCUUAAAACUUGUUUGCUUUUAUAGAUUGGGGUACUAUGUCAGGCAAGUGAUUGUUGAUUUAAGAGUUAAGAAAUGUGUUUCAUCAGAUGAAGAAGGGGAAGAAGCUGCAGUGGUGACACCAAGUGAUGAGUUGCUGGAACUAAGAGAGAAUUUUGAUGAUUUAGACAGUAGAGAGCUAUAUGCCAAACUUAUGUCGGUGGAUCCCAGCUAUGCCAAGACCUUACACCCCAACAACAAAAGGAAGAUUAUAAGAGGUCUGGAGGUGCAUUCCCAGCAUGGUGUGACCAUGAGUGAGAUCUUGGCAGAACAGCAUCAAGAAGACCAGGAUGUUAGUGGCCCUUUGAGAUAUCAGCACAACUGCAUCUUCUGGGUUCAAUGUCAGCAGACAGUGCUUGAUGAGCGUCUUGACAAGCGUGUGGACUCCAUGUUAGAGAGGGGGUUGGUGGCGGAACUGUUGGACUUUCACAGCCGCUACAACCAGCAGAGAUUGGAGGAACACAAGGAAGCAGACUACACACAUGGCAUCUUUCAAAGUAUUGGAUUCAAAGAAUUUCAUAACUAUUUGAUCCUGCCUGAACAAGAACGACAAAGUCAAAUGGGAGAAACACUUUUGAAAGAAGGUAUUGAUGCGCUGAAGCUCGUGACAAGAAGGUAUGCCAGGAGACAGAUUACUUGGAUCAAAAACCGGCUUUUAAGAAGGCCAGGUCAGGAUGUUCCAGCAGUGUAUACAGUGGAUGCCACUAAGCCAGAAGAGUGGGACUAUGCUGUACUGGAACCUGCCUGCCAUAUACUGGAGACUAUCAUGAAAGGUGAUGUGCCGCUCAUUUCUCCAGCCCAGAAGGAGGUGAAGCAGUCAGAUCCCGUCGUCCACAAGAUCUGUGACAUUUGUGACGGACAGAUUCUACUAACACAGAGCAAUUGGGAAGGUCACCUUAAAAGCAGAAAGCACCUAAAAAGAGUAUACAAAAAGAGGAAACGACAAAGGGAACUCCUUCAGCUAAUGCAGUCCUAUGAGAAGAAAAAGCACACAGAAGCAGCAGGUGGUCCAAUUGGGGCAGUGGCAGACGACAGUGCUAGUACCUGAAAUAGAGGCAGUUUGGAGGAAGGAGAUAUUGAUGACGAUUUGGAAUGCGUCAUGUCAGAGAGACCAACUGGAGCAGAACAUCUUUGUUAGAUCUGACACUAGACCCAGGAGAAAGGAGCUUUCAGCCACAUGGCAGUCUCUGGAGCCUUAUCUCAGCGCUGGUGACCUCCGCUGAC